CCAGAUGUGCCAGGGAAACGCUCUGCUCCCCUCCCAGUUCCCAGCGGAGCGGGCUGGCCGGCACCUGCGCCCCCCACCUGCCUCCCGGAGGGCGAAAGGUGUUGGGGAGGCCAUGGAGAGCCCCGCGGAGAACCCCAACAAAGCGGCGGAGUACCUGAAGGAGCUGAACAAGAUUAUUGAGACGCAGCAGGAGCUGCUGGAGAAGCAGAAGCGGAGGAUAGACGAGCUAGAGCAGCAAGUGGCUAAGUUGUACCACGAAAAUGCCUGCCUGCAGGACGAGCAUCACCGGCACCUGGCCGCAUGCAGGCUCCAGCAGAGCGUCCCCCCCGCCUACCCGGGGGUGCUGAGCGCCAUCCAGGAAAACGCCAAGCACGAAAAGUCUGAAGGUGAAAACUCAAGAAGCCUCAGGUCUUUACAUACUCUGCACCAGUUUUGCUGUCCAGCUCCAUUGUACCAUUCCCAGCUAGCUGUCCCUGCCACACACUCAGAGUACAGGGAAGAUAAUGUUCUGCACCAGUUCUGCUGUCCACCUUCGGGGUCUAGUAGUCCAUCUUCAAGAUAACAGAGAAGCUCGGGGUUGCUAACUGUGCAGUCAGUGCAACAUCUGUAUAGUCCAUCUCUCCUCUCUUUCUGGUGUGUAUGGGACCGACACUUGCAUGGAUACCCUAGGAAUCUGAUUCAUGUCAAGUCUGAGUUGCUCAGAAUGGCACAGCCAUAGCGUUUUGCCACCGAUGCUUGGUAAUAUCCUCUCUAUGCUUUUCUACAGCUCUCUCCCUUCUGUCUAGUGUUGAAAACACAAGCAAACUGUAAACAAAUACUUAAAAUGCACAGUUUAUUUUGAACUAAAAUAAACAGUACCAUAAGUC